GUUUAUAUGUACAAUUAUAGUGCAAUAUACAAGUAUUUAUACAUUGGAGUCUUGGUCGUUUCUCGUCGUUCAUAAACACACCUCAUGUUUGAGUCGCAGAAUCGGCCGUGUAUGUGAACCUCGUCGGUCGGUGGCAGCCUCUACUUCUUCCCACGCGCGGAUUUCCGCACUCCGGGCACGACUGGCUUCAUAGCUUUCUUGAUCGUGGUCUUUGUUUUCGCUGUUGAAUUAUUGCGAGACGACUGUCGCUCGGCCGGUAGCUCAGGCUUUUUUGGUUGUUUGGGUGUACCCCUCGCCUUUUUUGCCUUCGGUGAUUUCUCUUCUGCUUCACCAGAUAGAUCUGCUGCGCUGACAUUCUCCUCGUCGAUCACUUCAGCUUUUGUCCUAGCCUUGUUGGCUCGCGGUGCUUUUGUCUUUAUCGGUUCAGCAUCUCCAUUGGCUUCAGACUUUAUCCUUUUGCCACGCUGCUUCUUCACUGGAACAACUUCUUCCUCGUCAACCCCUUGUUCAUCCCCCUCCUCCUCUUCUUCUUCCUCAGCCUUCCGCUUCCGGGCCUUCGUGGGGUUUCUUCCCGCCUUCACGUUUUCCUCCGAAGACUUCACGUCGCCUGCUACUGCUGCAGUCUUUUUCUGAAUGCUGGGUACAAAGGCAGAUGUUCGUCCACCUACAGUGAUAUGCUCAAUCUUCUCGCCACUCGGCAACUUGUUGACGUCUCCCUUCUUGCCUUUAUCCCAGCGAUAGCGCAUGAGCCAUGUUUCUGGGAAUUGCGAGCUGUCUGCCAGCGUCUCGCAUGCUAUCGUGGUGACAUCCAUCAAUGCCGCGUGAAGCUGCUGAAUCUGCUGCUGGUCGAAGGUAUUGCUGUAUUGCUCGGGAUGUAGCUUCGCCUGAAAGAGGAUCUCAUCGGCGACCCAGUUCCCGAUUCCACUCAAAUUGCUUUGAUUCAGCAGGAGUGCUUUGACCGGCACAGUUUUCUUGUUUAACAGCUUCGAGAGCCAUUCCACCGUCACGAUGUCCUUGUCGAUGAAUGGAUCGGGUCCGUUCUCUUUCAACGGACUGUGAUUCCGUAUGUCAUCCGCCUCGCAAUCAACCAAGGAGAUCCUUCCGAGACGUCUAGCAUCGACAAACGCAAGCUCGACGGCCUCUCGAUCUCCUUCGGCAUCGCACUUGAUCAACCACUUUGUCCACUUCGGCUCGGGUGGCCAUGCUUCAGGCAUCUUGUCAUCCUCCUUCGCUCUCUUGUAGUAGGCGGUCUCUUCGACGGAGCAUUUGAUCCAUCCCGUCAUGCCCAGAUGCAUGACGGAAUGAGGUGGCUUGUCGAGCGUGAUGUAGAAGUAUUUUCCUUGCUGCCCUGCACCUACGACCUUCCUACCCUUCAAGUGUUUUGAGAAUGCAUUGGCAUCGGUGCCACCCUUCUUGCCAUAUACUAUUGCGUCUUCGAAGGCCUGGCAUGUUGCGAUUGUUCUGUUGACAAGGUGCUUGCGUAGAUAAUGCACCAUACGCGCAACCUCCCCGAUCUCGGGCAUUGUGAGCCACCAGCUCCAAGGUCUCCUGUCAGGCUGAGGAAAGUAAGUUGAGGGUGGGAUGUAUGUUGUGAGAGUGGUGCUGCAAGUCGAUAAUCUUGGAAGGUGUUGUAUACCGUCUGUUACAGUUAAUAGACGCGUCGAUCGAGUCGCGAAGCAAGCUCAAGCCAACACAUGUCAACCUCCAUCAACUGCACCGUGCGCCUCCACCCUCACCAUCACCCAGAGGAACCCGUAAAUUUGUUCAUGUGGCGUAUGAGAAGUUCUUUUAGUCCGCAUCGGCCAAUAUGGCAUUACAUGGCCAACACGCCUCGCCGUGGUCGCCGCCGCCGCUUCGGGCAGCUCAAUCCGGUUGGGAGGGCGCAAAUAUGAUAAGCUAAGUUUCUGUCGUCGUCGUCCAUGAUCCAUUUUCUCUUCAUUUGUUGCGGUAUCGUUAUUCGCUUGUCCAGAGCUAUCUGCUACACGAUGAUCACAAGCAACGCCCUGCUUGCUGCUCUUGUCGGCUGUACUGCAUGGGUUGCAGCCCAUGCCGGACACGACCAUGGGGAGAAAUACCAGCAGAAGAAGUUUGUUGGCGAGACCAAGGAAGAUCUGGAUGCAAAAUGGGGCAGUGAUUGGGGCUUCUCUGGUAUCAACACAUUCGCCCAUUUGCCUCACACAAGGUGUUUGCAAAACCCGGAUGAAGAGUAUGACAUUGCUGUCUUGGGUGCGCCCUUCGAUACUGCAGUUUCAUAUCGCCCAGGAGCCCGUUUUGGCCCACGAGCAAUCCGAGCAGCAUCACAGCGUCAAACUGCUUUCCGUGGCUACAAUCCUCGAGCUAGCAUAAAUCCCUACCAGAGUUGGGCUAAGAUCAUCGAUUGUGGUGAUAUACCUAUCUCACCCUUCGACAAUGCGCUCGCCUUGCGUCAAAUGACAGAGGCUUUCACGAAUCUAGCCCACAGCACAGCUCCGAAGCACAAUGCUGAAUCUCGACAUACAUAUCGCAAUAUCCCGAAACUGCUUACAUUGGGUGGGGACCAUUCGAUUGCUUUGCCCACACUUCGAGCUCUCAACCAGGUAUAUGGGCCUGUGGCGGUUGUCCAUUUUGACGCCCAUCUCGAUACGUGGCAUCCCGCUAAAUACCCCUCAGCCUGGAUUGAUCCAAACAAUCCGAACGAGCAGUCAUUCUUUACGCAUGGCACCAUGUUCUGGGUGGCUCACAACGAAAGUUUGAUUGCCAAGAACAAGUCCGUUCAUGCUGGCCUCCGUACUCGCUUGUCAGGCAUUGAAGACAAUGAAGACGACGAUACUCAGGGCUGGUCGCGCAUUGCCUGUGAUGACAUUGAUGAUCUCGGUGCCAAAGGCGUGGCAAAGAAGAUCGUUGAGCAUGUUGGCUCCGGCACUCCCGUAUAUCUCUCUAUCGACAUUGAUGUGAUUGACCCGGGACUGGCUCCAGGCACUGGGACACCUGAGCCAGGUGGAUGGACCACCCGAGAACUGAUCCGUGUACUGCGAGGGAUUGAGGGUCUGAACGUGGUUGGAGCUGACAUUGUGGAAGUCGCCCCUGCGUACGAUGGCACCGGCGAGACGACGGCACUCGCAGCUGCUCAAGUCGCAUUUGAGGUCUUAAGCAGCAUGAUCAAGCGCGGUCUGAUGGACGAAGGAGUGCAUGAUGAGCUCUGAUGGGGGCCACCUGAGGGACCAUAUGUACCUUAGGUAGUCUGUGAUAGUUUCUGCUCGGGACACCUAUGCUC